CACUCUGGCAGGCUUGACAUGGCUAAUACCACUGUCUGCCUUUCCCCCUGUCCUGCUGUGUCCUCUCUCUCCCUCUCUCUGGCGUGCGCCUUCACCGUCUCAUUCUAAAAAUGUUUCAGUACGCAAACAAAGCUUAACCACUGAAUGCGUAAAAGAGGGGAUGAUGUUUCUGAAAAAGGGAUGGGUUCCAGGCAAGGGUGUUCCUUGUACAUGAUUAACCCCCUCCUCCUGGGCUCUCCUCUUCCUCCAGCUGACUCUUUAAGAGGGCAGCCAUCAGGUGCACUCUGAGUGAGACCAUCACGCUGAGUGUUAGAGCACAGAGUAAAUCAGCACCAUGCAGUCAGCGUGGAUAUUGUGUAUCUGUGUAGGUGUAUGUGUAGGAGCUUUGGCUGUGGAAGUAGAUCCUCCAAAUACACUGGGAAAGACUACUGAGAAUGGGACAAGUACUGAUGUGAGAAACACCCCAGAAGUGGAGACAGCAGUGGAAUAUUCAAGGGAGAAGAGGGCAGCUGAGAAACCAAAAAAAGGCAAAGCUAAGGACACACAGCAGCCAGAUCUGGGGCGGACCCUGGCCGCGUGGGUGGAGCUAAAUUCCAUCUUGAAAAUGAGAGACGGAAUUUCAGGUAAACUGAGCACGGUACUGCACGAGCUCGGUAAUGAAAAGAAGCGCCUUCUUGACCAGGGUAAUGAGCCAGCGAAAAAGAAAAAACAAGAAGAAGAAGAUGAUGAAGAUGAAGAUGAAGAAGAUGAUGAUGAUGAAGAGGAAGAAGAGGAAGAAGAGGAAGAAGGAGGAGAAGAAGGGGGAGAAGAAGGGGGAGAAGGAGGAGAAGAAGAGGAAAAUGAAGGAGGGGAGGAAGAACAGGCAGAGGAAGAGGAGAAUGAGGCAGCUGGUAACAGUACUGCAGAAUUGCUACCAGAAGGUUGCCAAGUGAAUGGAACUGAGAUUUCCUGUGCAGAUGCUGGCAUUGCUGAACUUCCCAUCAUCACCGACCUAAACAUCACUACACUUGACUUAUCUGGAAACAACUUUACCACAUUACCUUCUGAGGCUUUCUCUGGUCUGCCCAAUCUGGAAGUAGUCGACUUGAGCAGGAACUUUCUGGAUGACUCCUCUAUCAACCCUGACUUCUUCAUGAAUCUGACAAACCUAAGAACGUUGAUUCUUGAUGCCAAUGGUCUAGAAACAAUCCCACAUCUGCCAGGAUCUCUGGAGGAGCUGAGAAUCAAUGACAACAAGAUAAACCAAGUGCUUUCCCACAACCUUGAAGGUUUGUCCAAAUUGCUCCACUUAGAGCUGGCAGGAAACAUCCUGUGGGAGGGCAGUGUUGAGCCCUUGGCCUUUGAGCACCUCACCACGCUCAAGCACUUGAGACUAGACAACAACCGCUUCACCUCCAUUCCAUCUGGACUGCCUGCAUCUCUAGAGGAUCUGAGGCUGCCACACAAUCAGCUAGUGGAGGUGCAGGAAAGUGUUCUGAAAAACUCCGUCCACUUGACAGCCCUGGAUCUGAGUCACAACUUCCUGAGUGACACCAGUUUCUACCCUGGAGCCUGGAUUGACCUGCCAAAUCUGAAGAAUCUGGACCUGUCUCACAACCAGCUGAACACAGUACCUGCUCACUUGCCCAGAGUUUUGCGACAGCUCUCCCUACAGCACAACUUCAUCCAGGCCAUCCCUCCUGACACCCUGAGCCACAUGCGGCCAGGCCUCCAAUCACUGCGCCUCUCUCACAACCAGCUACUGGAGCAUGGGCUGCUAGGGAAGGCCUUCCGUGGAGCUUACAAAACUUUGGAGGAGCUCCUCCUGGACAACAACAGGUUGGAGAGGGUCCCACCAAAUAUUCGUUACUUCCGGAACCUGCAUCAGCUGCGGCUGGAUCACAAUCUUAUCAGUGCUGUUCCAGUGAAGUCUGUGUGUAAAAUGGCUCUCACUAACUCGUCUCCCCUUUUGGCUCUUCACCUGGAGAACAACUACCUCGACGUGAACAGGAUCCCGCGAAAGGCUCUGUCCUGCAUCCCUGACCUUCAGAGAGUCGUGCUGGAGCCGCAGACUCAUAAUGAGAUCGUGUAAAAGUCCUGCAGAUUGCACCUUUUCAAAUCUCAUCUGCUUGCUGUUGAGUUUAAAAGCACACACUCAUUUGAAUUGUUUAUUUAACUAUUUAAUUCAAAGGCGUGAUUCAGGGUAUUUAUCUGUAUUUCUUAAGACACUGUUGGCGCUAUUUUCUGUGUAUUCUGGAUGUGUGCUUAUUCCAGUCUUUAUGCCACUGCAGUAUCUUCGCUUCUAAUAACAAAGUAACUUUUCUUUUUGGAAGAGAUGCCAAUGCUGUUCUAAUAUUUGUUCAUAUCAGUACUUAUAAUACAACUCUUUGGCUAAAUGUUUGUAUGUCUGUAAAGUGUCUUAAAUACAACUGUGCAUUUACAC